AUGUCUGGCGGAUCUCACGUCUCAAGAGGGACGUUUGGGGACUCCGAGAUGUCUGGAAGCAGCGCGGCCCCUCUUCCAAGCCCUGCAUCUGCGGGCGCUGCACUGGUAUCCCCAGAAACCCUCAGUCGGCAUAGUAGCCCCCCACCAAUACCAGCUCAUCCAUCAUGCCAGCCUGCACCUUCCUGCUCGUCUCAUCAUGUCCAUAUGGAAUCGCCUUUGAGGUUGCCAAGUCCGCCGUCGUUGGGUACGUCGCUGUCUCUACAACCAGUGUUAUAUGGGCAGUCGGAAGGUGGUUCGCCGCGGCCACCACUGCCUCCAGCGAGACACCCAUCAAGACCGAACACAGCUAUACCUAGCAUGCAUAUUAUGAGCGCGAGCGAAGCAUUUGCAACGACACUGUCUGCGUUAUAUGGAAAACUGCUAGUCGUCAUGGGUAUUGCUUUUCCUAUGGCAGAAGUUAUAUCUACUUACAUUCCACCGUCUUUUUAUGAGGGAUUCUACUUAUAUCUGUAUAUAGGCAGUAUGUUCUUUCUGCUAUACAUGUAUGCCGCUCUUCUACGAGAUCGUGCUCGCCACGCACCUGAUAAUACUGUUGUUGCUAAAUCAGACACAAGCUCGUCACAAUCCGAAUCCGAUUCCUGUUCAUCCCGGACGGAGCGCAGUACAGCAACAGCCCCGCACAUCCCACCGCAAUUUCUGGCUAAACGACUGUCACUGGGUUUCGCGUUGACGUCGAGAACACAUCACUAUGGCAGUUUCUAUUUGAGAAUGGGCGCUGUUGCUUUCGGAAUCGGUUCCAUGAUUUACUCGGGGCUGGAGUUCGGUCAAUACUGGGAGUUGGAAAGAAAUACAAACUGCCACAAUGUGCUCCUAGCACUUACUCCAGCGACUAGGAUGGCGUUCAUCUUCAUACAGAUGUAUUUCAUCUUCUUAAACAAUGAGAUGAAAGUGUACAAGCAUAAAAUAGUGGCGCGUUUUGGAUUGAUGCACAUGGUCGGGACAAAUCUAAGUGUUUGGCUCAAUGUGUUAGUUCAAGAGACGAAACACGAGAUUCUGACCUUCUACGACCCAGAGAACAAAACUAUUGGAUUAUCGCACAGACUUGCGUUCCAGAAAGCUUUUGCGUCUCUUUCGACCGAAGUUCCACCGUCACAUCCCGCGGCAGCCCAUCUUCGUGUUCCACGCGGACUCAAAGGACCCCACCACAUCUUCGAAUGUCGUCGUACUAACAUCAUGGGUUCCCUCGUGCAAGACGCAUCGCCUUUCCUCUUUCCCUGUACAAUAGAAUACUCUUUAAUAUGCGCGGCCAUUUUAUACGUCAUGUGGAAGAAUAUUUCGAAAUACCCAUCGAAGGAUGUAGCGCAAGCGAUAGCUAAAGCCAGAAUUUUAGAAGGAUUAGCUUAUAAAAAAUCUCCUCAUUUAUACAGCGUCGACUGUGCUAGGGCGCACAAAGGUCUAUUUUUCGGUAUCCUAGUGCUAGUUUUAACCAUAAUAUCUCUUAUACUGUUCUUCGUUUUGGUCUCUAAGAAGGAUUAUGCAACCCUCGCAGUCGUCGAAGUGAAUGUCUGUGAAUUAGCGUUGUACGCGAUGACUACUAUCGCCAGCCUGGCCGGAAUGGUGUGCGUCAGAAAUCUAAAGUACGACGGGAAUCGAAACCUCGAAUUGGACAAUAUAUUACUCGUUGGCGCGCAAACUGGCAUGUUCAUAUACGGAACGUUCACCAUCAUCGGCGGGCACUUCACCAUCGAGAAGAACACGAUAUUGAUCCUAAUAACCGCUCUGUCUUCGCUGGUGCAAACUACGUGCCAGACGAUGUUUAUUUUAGACGCGAGUCGCAGAUCGGCGAAAACGCCAGAGCAGCUGAGGAAGAAACCUGGCCGCGAGAUAGUGACGUUCCUCCUGGUAACGAAUUUGGCGAUGUGGGCUAUCAAUACCCUGGAGAAGUCGAGGGCUGAAUCUCACCCGGUCCAGUUGCAUUUCUACGGGCUGUGGGCGUGGACAAUAAUAACCCACGUAUCUAUGCCACUCGCGAUCUUCUACAGAUUCCAUUCGACUGUAUGUUUAUGCGAAAUCUGGAAGCGAGCGUACAAAAUGAAGCCGGCUUAUAUGUAG